CAAUGUACAUGUAGAAGACUCCUCAUCAAUGCUGACGCCUUUUGUCCGUGGAACAUUUAUACACAAGUCCUGCCAUCUGUGUCCCGGAAUCUCCUACAGCUUAAGAGCUCAAAUACCUCGCUGGACUCAGAGUACGCGUGGCACAGCAGCCACAAGUCGCCUAUUCCAUCACACCAUAAGAUCACUGAUCAGAGCAUCAUCAUCAUCAAGAUCUCCUACAACCAAACCCCAAACCAUAACUCCUCUCCUUCAUCUCCACAAUCAUCCCAAAUGGUCCUCCGCGCCAUGCACUUCACCCCCAAAGUCCUCCUCUCGGCUCCGCGCCGCAGCGCCGGCGUACCAAACCCUUCAGGCUCUCUCGUCCUCUACACCAUCUCCACUUAUAACUUCGACUCGCAUUCGAAAAGUAAUGAGUUGCGAGUUUUGGAGGUCGCGAGUGGGGAGAGUCAUGUUUUGGCCCAAGAGGAUGAGAUUUCGGAUGUGAAUUGGUUGAAUGAGGAUGAGUUUGUUUGUUUGCAGAGUGAGAAGGAUGGGAGGACGAAGGUUUUUGUUGCUAGUGUUGGGAAGGUUAUCGGGAAUGAGGAGGCGGGGAAGGCAUAUUAUGUUGCUGGCACAAUCGAAGGACCUGCGGGCAACCUCAAGGUGAAGAAACUGGACGACAAUAAUUUUGCUGUGGUUUUCUCUGCUCAGGCUUACAAUCGCGUUGGAACUAUCUAUAAUCCUGAAACGGAGAAGAAACCGCAGUCUACAGCGAGGAUAUAUAACGGCCUUUUCGUGCGACAUUGGGAUACCUGGACCACGAAUCAGACAAACUGCCUCUGGUAUGCGAAGCUGUCGAGACGGGGCCAUGGCAAAUUCAGCUUAUCACAAUACACGAACGCUUUACAUAAGACUGGCCUGGAAUGCCCAAUUCGUCCUUUCGGAGGCACCGAUAAUUUUGAUCUCAGCAAAGAUGCUCUCAUAUUUGUGUCUAAAGAUCCGAAAUCGAACCCGGCGUUGACCACGAAGGAAAAUGUGUACAUCUUGCAUAUCCACGAUUGGGAAGGGCAACAUGCUCCUACCUUGCAACAAGUCGUUGUACCUGGAUUUGAUGGCGCUUCGGGGUCUCCAGUGUUCAGCCCUGAUGGGAGCCAGGCUGCGUUCUUGUCAAUGAAGACGAAUGGGUACGAAGCGGACAAGAAUCACAUUUUCGUACUGCGAGAGGUCAAAGAUCCAGUGAACAGCCUCGAGCGUGCCUUUUCUGCCUCCGCAGAAGGCGGAUGGGACAGAAGUCCUGCGUCACUGGCAUGGACUAUUGACGGAAAACAUCUUCUGUUCACGGCUGAAGACAUUGGCACUGUCAAAUUGUACCGCCUACCUAGCGACUUGAGAUCACAGGAGCCAGAGGCAUUGACCAAGAAUGGCUCGGUCAGCGACGCUCGACCCUUACCAGACGGCCGCAUUUUUGCUUCUGGUACCUCCUUCACUGACAACUCUUUCUUCUUCAUUAUUGCGCCCCAGUCGCCGCCAAAUGAGUCGCACACGUACGUGAGCUGGACGCAUUCGAACUCUGCUGGAGGGUCAAAACUUGGUGGACUCAAGCCUUCUCAGGUCUCGUCGAUAUGGACGCCGGCAAGCAACCCUGAGAUCAAUCGCGAAGUUCACAGCAUCGUGAUUCGACCAAGCAAUUUUGAUAGCAGCAAGAAGUACCCUGUGGCUUACAUCAUCCACGGCGGACCCCAGAAUGCUUGGGGCGACAGCUGGUCAACCCGAUGGAACCCAAUGAUCUUUGCAGAGCAGGGCUACAUUGUGAUCACUCCCAACCCAACGGGCAGCACUGGGUAUGGCCAGGCUUUCACGGAUGCCAUUCAUCGCAACUGGGGCGGUGACCCGUACCAGGACAUUGUCAAUGUCUUUGAGUGGGCAAGUAAGAACAUGCCUGAGGCCGAUCACAAUCGCGCUGUGGCUUUGGGUGCAAGUUAUGGAGGAUACAUGAUGAAUUGGGUACAAGGCCAUGAUCUUGGACGCAAGUUCAAGGCGCUUGUUUGCCAUGAUGGCAUAACGUCUUUUGCAGGUGCCAUGCUCUCCACGGAAGAGCUCUACUUUCCACUCUUCGAUCUGGGCAAUCCUUUCAACACAUCAGCGGCAGCUCAGGGACACGACAACUUCAGCAAAGCGACCCUGUCUGACUGGAGAAAGUGGGAUCCUAGCGAGCACUUUGCAAACUGGGCUACUCCCCAGCUGAUCAUUCAUUCCUCCAAGGACUACCGGUUGCCAGUCGCCGAGGGUCUUGCUGCUUUCAAUGUAUUGCAGGCCAGAGGUGUCGAGUCGAAGUUACUGACAUUCCCAGACGAGAAUCACUGGGUACUCAAACCCGAGAACAGCCUGGUCUGGCAUAAAGUGGUUCUCAACUGGAUCAACCACUAUGCCGGGUUGCCGCCUUAUGCAGAGGAAGAUGAGGAGAGCAUCGACUUCCUCGGCGGCGUCAAAGAGGACAAGGAAGAGCUUGUUGAAAUGGCCGGUCAAGGCAAAGUCGAAUAAGCUGCGAUCCAUCAAUCUAUGCUCAUAUCAGUGACGACCGGAAUAUUUUAUCCCUUCAGCAUAACUCGUAUGCCUCUGGGCCGGUGUUCGACAGCCCAAGAUAACUCCACGCCUGUCCUCCCACUCCGGGCCCACGUCGGCAGCCUGAUGCAGGCACCCGCACCUUUCCAUUUAGGGUUGUGAUUUUCUUACUGUUCAAUCAGAGUGAAGGUAAUACGGCCACCGGACCGGUGCAUUCGCAAAGCUUUUGAUAGGCAGUCUUAUCAACGCUUGACUACUACAGCAUGGGGUGGAAUUCUUCAACAGCCGAGCUAGCCCACGCGACCUACUAUGCUGUGAGGAGAAGUCUACUAUCUACCGCACUCGUGGAGUAAUUAC